AUGGCCUUCACCACCUUCGUCGCCCGCAACGUCCUCGGCGCCGCUCGCUCGGCUUCCCGACAGCAGGUUCGCGCCAUCUCCAGCUCGUCGGUUGUUGCCAAGGACCACAUCCAGGACCUCUACCUCCGCGAGCUCAAGUCGUACAAGGCCCCGGCCAAGGCUGCCGACGCGCACAAGGGCCAGGUCCGUGACUUCCACGCCCCGCAGCCGCCCAAGGCGCCCGCGGUGCCCUCGUCGGGCGAGCUGUCGUCGCAGCUCGAGGCGUACGCCGCUGCCGAGCCUGACCUCGCCGAGGCUGUCAAGGAGUCGUCGAGCUCUGAGCUGACCGAGGGCGGCGACGUCAACGCCUACCUUGCCGAGGCCGCCGCCGACAUCAAGGUCGAGGCUGCCCACCACUAA